AAAUUAUUUUAUUAGCAUUCGAUUAUAAUAAGCCUCCUCCCAAGUUUGAGGAAUCGAAGCAGAGAGGAGAGGAAGAAGGACAAGCAUCUCACUCACUGAGUUGGGUUCUGCGUAAAUCUAUUGCUUGGUCUUGAGGCAUGAUUUUGUGAUUUCAAUCAGUACAACAUUUAUGCUCUGUCGUCGAAAGAUUAUUGUGGUUCCUCAGUUCCUGACAAGUUAGCAAGGUGAAUUGGUUUAGCACAGACAGACAGAAGCAAAAUAUAGCCAUCACUGUCAGUCUCAUUCCUAUGCAAAACCAAAACACUUUAUUGCUGCGUACUCUAAACCACCACAGACGUCUCCUGCACUGCACACAAUCCCAAUCCCAACUCUUUCGCAGACCAAUUAGACCAAGCACAUGCAUAUCGCUGAUAAAGCAAUGCAACACCCUUCAGUCCCUCAAAGCUGUCCAUGCCUCUAUCCUCAGAACCUACCUUCACUUCAAUAUCUUCUUUUGCACCAACCUCAUUGCCCACUAUGCCUCUUUGGGAUCAACCUCUCACGCCUAUACCCUCUUCUCUGCCUUCUCUUCCUCUGACGUUUUUCUUUGGAAUGUAAUGAUCAAAGGCUUUGUUGACAAUGGCCUGUACAACAGAGCCAUUGCUUUGUAUAGUCAAAUGUGGGAAUUGGGUGUUCACCCGGAUCACUUUACAUUCCCUUUUGUUCUUAAGGCUUGUGGUUAUGUUUGUGAUCAUAAGGUUGGUGUAAAGGUUCAUGGAGAUGUGAUUCAAUGUGGUUAUGCGGCAGAUUUGUUUGUAGGCAAUUCACUCAUUGCACUUUAUGGUAAACUGGGGCAGAUCGAGGCUGCAAGAAAGGUGUUUGAUAAAAUUCCUGACCGUACUGUGGUUUCCUGGAGUUCAAUGAUUGGCGCGUAUGCGCAAAAUGGGCAUUUUGAGGAAGGAUUAUUUUUGUUUGUGAUGAUGUUGAAUGACAGAUUGAGACCCAACAGGGCUGCAAUUUUGAAUGUGAUGGCUUGUGUUUUAAGAAGCAAGGAGGCUGAUGAGGUUUGUGCAGUCUUGAUAGAUAAUGGACUUCAGUUUGAUAGAUCUGUUCAAAAUGCUGCAAUGCAGAUGUAUGCACGCUGCGGAAGAAUUGAUGUUGCUCGAGGUUUCUUUGAUGGAAUCAUUGAUAAAGACUUGGUGAGUUGGGCAUCCAUGAUUGAAGCAUAUGCGCAAGUUAAUUUGCCUCUUGAAGCCUUGGAGCUCUUUAAAAGUAUGAUGGUGCAAAGGAUUCGCCCUGAUUUGGUGGCACUUUUGAGUGUGAUUCGCACUUGUUCAAAUCUAGCAUCAUAUAAGCAAGCACGCUGGAUUCACGGAGUUGUUAUUCGUUCCUUUUUUGGGCACCAUGUCACGCUUGAAACUUCUCUAGUUGAUCUAUAUGUAAAAUGUGGAAGUUUGGUAUAUGCUAGAAAAGUUUUUGAUAAGAUGCAAGAAAGAAAUAUAAUAUCGUGGAGCACCAUGAUUUCAGGAUAUGGGAUGCAUGGUCAUGGAAGAGAAGCAGUCAACCUCUUUCAUCAGAUGAAGGCUCUAACAAAACCAGACCACGUUGCAUUUCUAUCAGUGUUGUCGGCAUGCAGUCAUGGUGGUUUGAUUGCCGAAGGAUGGGACUGCUUCAAUUCUAUGGGUAGGGAUUUUCACAUCACACCAAGACCCGAACAUUAUGCAUGUAUGGUUGAUCUGUUGGGUCGAUCUGGUCGACUGAAUGAAGCCUUUGAGUUUAUUGAGAGAAUGCCAGUAAGGCCAGAUGCUGGUGUUUGGGGAGCACUUCUCGGGGCAUGUAGAAUUCAUUCAAACAUAGAACUGGCAAAAACUGCUGCAAAGAAUUUAUUUGAAUUGGAUGCGGAGAACCCAGGUCGAUAUGUCCUCAUGUCCAAUAUUUAUGCAUCUUCUGGUAAACAGAAGGAUGCUGAUAAAAUUAGAGAUUUAAUGAAACAAAGAGGAGUGAGGAAGGUUGCUGGUCAUACUGGUAUAGAGAUUAGAAACAAGGUCUACACAUUUGUGGCUGGAGACAAGUCACAUGCUCAAUCUGAUUUAAUCUAUUCAGAGUUGGAGAAAGUUAUAAACAGGAUUCGGCAAGAAGGUUACAGGCCGGAUUUGAACUUUGUAUUGCACGAUGUGGAGGAAGAGAUGAAGGAAACAAUGUUGUAUGUGCAUAGUGAGAAGCUUGCAAUAGUUUUUGGACUUUUAAAUUCAGGACCAGGAAGUGUUAUUAGAAUUAAUAAGAAUCUUAGAGUCUGUGGGGAUUGUCAUACAGCUUCCAAGUUUAUCUCUAAGGUUAUGGGAAGGGAAAUUGUAAUGAGAGAUGCUCAUAGAUUCCACCAUUUCAAUAAUGGUGCAUGCUCUUGUGGGGAUUAUUGGUGACAUUGUCAUAGAAGGUCAAUAUCUGGUCCACAAACUCUCAAUAAUAUUACAACAUUGCUGGUCACAACAUCUGGUACCCUCAUUACCAUCUGUUUUGUUGUCGUUAAAUCUUGAUUUAUUUUCUCUUUCAACCCGGAGAACAUAAAGCGCUGGUGAUGAGUGUGCAACGCUAAUCCUAUAAUCACGACCAAGUAAAUCAUCGACCUGUUCAUGAAUUAUCAGGAAGAGUUCGUGACACUCUUUCACACCAUCUAGUUCAUCAACUGGUGGUUCUUCCAGAAAACUGGAUUUUCAUGUGUAAAGACAAAUGAGCUUUUGUAAUCCAGUCUGGAAUGAUUUUGAUCUGUCAUCGAAAAAAAACAAAUGAUUUUGAUCCUGGUAGUGCCUUAAACUUCUAUGUGGAAAAAUAUGUGGAAUUUGGAGGUGAUACAUUCUUGAAAAUGACCGUUUAAAUUCAAUGUCAUUUUCAAAUUUCCAAAAGAAUAAACUGCAAGAAAAGAACAAGAGCACGCUUACAGCCAUUGCCACUACCAACUACAAUGUCUUUUCCGACCUGCAUGACUACCAGCGUCACAAUCCCUCCCCUGCCAAAGCUACUUUUCCCUACUGUUGUCACUGCUUUUGCAUUUAUUCUGAGUUUGGUUUGAACAAUGUCUAUUUUACAUUGAACGCUAAAUUAUCUUCAUUUUGUUUCAGAUUGUAGUAAGCCGACUCCUAGACUCACUGUUGCAAAUGCUCCCCAUGCUAUUGGCACAUUAUCAGUAGCCUCAUUGAAGAAGGACGACUAAUAUUGGCUCCUGCAGUGAUGACAAGACAAAUAUUGGCUCCUGCAAUGACAACAUUGCUCAGGCCUCAGGCCAAGAUAGUUGUAUGCAUAUCCCAAAUUGAAUCAGAGUUGGGGGAGCCUCUUCCUCAGUUUGUUUGUCGUGGGUGUUUGAGCCGUAGUUUUGGCAGUGUUAACCUGUGAAAAGAACUGUUCUGGCUAGUGUAUACCAGUUUAUCACAAAUUAUAUAUGGCCAAUCGACUUGCACAAUUUACAUCUCGGAUUCAGAAAUGUGGAGUCUUUCAUCAUUGUAUACAUAAUUAAAUAUUAGUCUCUUUUAUCAAAAAAAAUAAAAAUAAAUA